AUGAACCAGUCUGCUAUGCUCACCAACCCGGGGCCCAUUCCCAACGCCAGCCAGGGAGAUCCGCUUUCGGGACGCUCCAACCACUCCUGCCCCUUAGGCUGGGGUUUGAACGAAGGUUUGGAAGCUUGUAUACUGGAGACGGCGGUGAUCGUGCUGCUCACCGUUCUGAUCAUCGCGGGAAACGUCACCGUCAUAUUCGUUUUCCACUGCGCGCCGCUGCUGCACCACUACACCACGAGCUACUUCAUCCAGACCAUGGCCUACGCGGACUUGCUAGUAGGGCUAAGCUGUUUGGUGCCUACGCUCUCCCUGCUCCACUACCCGGCUAGCGUCCAAGAACCCGUCACCUGUCAAGUUUUCAGCUACGUCAUCUCGGUCCUCAAGAGCGUAUCCAUGGCGUGUUUGGCGUGCAUCAGCGUCGACCGUUACCUCGCCAUCACCAAGCCUCUGUCGUACAACCAGCUCGUGACGCCGUGCCGGCUCCGCGGGUGCAUCACGGUGAUAUGGCUGUACUCCGGACUCGUUUUCCUCCCGUCGUUCUUCGGGUGGGGAAAACCGGGAUACCACGGGGACAUAUUCGAGUGGUGCGCGCAUUCCUGGCCCACGUCCGCCCUCUUCACCGGUUUCGUCGUGUGCCUCCUGUACGCGCCCGCGGCCCUCGUCGUCUGCUUCACGUACUACCACAUUUUCCGGAUUUGCCAACAGCACAACAGGGAAAUCAGCGAGAGGAGGGCGAGGUUCCCGAGUCAGGAGAUGGAGACGGAAGGCGGGGCUAGCGGGCAUCACGGAGGCGGCGGCGGCGGCGGAGGAGGAGGAAGCGGAGGUCACGGUCCAGAUAGACGCUACGCCAUGGUGUUAUUCAGGAUCACUAGUGUCUUCUACAUGCUGUGGUUGCCGUACAUCAUUUACUUUCUCCUGGAGAGUUCAAACGUUUUGGACAGCCCGGCGUUGUCCUUCAUAACGACUUGGCUAGCGAUUAGCAACAGCUUUUGUAACUGCGUGAUCUACAGUUUGUCCAAUAGCGUGUUCAGACUGGGGAUGCGCAGACUGUCCCAGACGAUGUGCUCUUUUAGCCACUGCGCAGCCGACGAUCGAGAUUUUGGGGAUUCUAAACCGAGAAGACGAGCGAAUUCUUGCUCUAUUUAA